CCUUUCAUUCCCUCCUUCCUACACGCGGAUAAUUGUCGGGGGAAAGGAAUCGCACUUCUUCUCGAGAUCGCUUUCGGCUGAUUCUAUAGUCCUCGGAUAAGCGUCUCCGGAGUCCAAUCCAGGGUUCCAGACUUCCAGUAGUCCUCGUUCGGUUGCUUUUCGCUCUUAAGUUUCUAAUUUCGGGCGAAUCGGGGCUUUUUUUCUUUCCUCUCUUUUUUGGAGUGGGUUCGUACUCGUUCGAAAUGGCGUGUGAAAAAAGUUGAUUUUUUUCCCCUAAACUUUUCUCUCUUCAGUUUGCGAUGGAUAGGUCGAGGACUGAUUUUGAUUUCUGACUUUUGGGGCAUUCACUGCUCGGCUGCUCCGUUGAUCUAUAUUUUGACAGAUUAAGGUUCCGAGAUGGAUGACUACAGUUCUGAGAAAGAUGAGAUAUUAAAGGAGUUCUUUAUUCCUAGUUACGUAUUUACUGCGGAGUUGCCAAUAAAACACCUUUCUCAUGUACCCGCUUGUCCUGUAGUGGUCUUCAUUAAUACCAAAAGUGGUGGCCAGCUUGGAGGUGAUUUACUUGUCACAUUUCACAAAGUUCUUAACAAACUUCAGGUUUUUGAUUUGCAAUCAGAAGCUCCUGACAAGGUGUUGCACCAGAUAUAUGGAAAUUUGGAAAAACUCAAAGCAAAAGGAGAUCAUCUUGCUGCUGAAAUCUUAAAUAGGUUGAGACUAAUUGUUGCAGGUGGAGAUGGUACAGCAAAUUGGCUUCUUGGAGUAAUUUGUGACCUUAAACUUGCUCGACCACCUCCUCUCGCCACAAUGCCACUAGGCACUGGAAACAACAUCCCGUUUUCAUUUGGCUGGGGAAAGAAGAAUCCUGGUACAGACUAUCAAUCUGUCAAAUCAUUUCUAGAACUAGUAAUGAAAGGAAGAGAAAUGAUGAUCGAUAGCUGGCAUAUUAUUAUGAAAAAGCAAGUUCCAAAGGAAGGUUCAUGUGAUCCAAUUUCACCUUUAGAACUACCUCAUGCUAUGCAUGUGUUUCGGUGUGUUUCACAGACAAGCUCACUGAAUAUGCAAGGCUACCAAACAUUUCGUGGGGGAUUCUGGAACUACUUUAGCAUUGGAAUGGAUGCACAAGUGUCAUUUGCAUUCCAUGCUGAGAGGAAGAAGUACCCAGAAAAGUUCAAGAACCAGUUAGCUAAUCAGAUGACCUACUUGAAGCUUGGAUGUACGCAAGGAUGGUUUUGUACAUCUCUAUUUCAUCCUUCUUCAAGGAACAUAGCUCAGCUUGCAACAAUGAAGAUCAUGAGAAAGACUGGCCACUGGGAGAAGCUUCAUGUUCCUCGCAGCAUCAGGUCAAUUGUUUGUCUUAACUUGCCCAGCUUUUCUGGGGGAUUGAAUCCUUGGGGAACACCAGAUAAGAAGAAACAACAAGAUAGAGAGCUGACUCCACCAUUUGUCGAUGAUGGCCUACUUGAGAUCGUCGGUUUCAAGGAUGCUUGGCAUGGACUUGUUUUGCUUGCUCCUGGAGGACAUGGGACUCGCCUUGCACAGGCACAUCGCGUUCAAUUCAAAUUCCGCAAGGGCGCUGCUGAUCAUGCUUAUAUGAGAGUUGACGGAGAACCAUGGAAGCAACCACUUCCUCAAAACAAGGACAAAGUUAUCGUCGAGAUCUCCCAUCUACGUCAAGUGUGUAUACUCACAACAGGUAAUUGCGUAGCUAAAAGUAUCCACGAUAUACCUCGCAAUGAAGACUCAAGCAGUGAAGAUUCUAACAAUAGCUACUCUGAGGAAAGGAGGAAGUUUGGUUCAGCAGAAACAUUCAGGUAUCAUGACGGUAUCGAUAGUGUCAUCAGCGCUUAGUUUUUCAGUGAUUUAGUAUGUAUUUUUCCGAUUUGCUUCUUCAGUCAAUCUCAUAUAGUUGUGUUUUUUGGUGUUUCUUUUCAUUGGCCAAACACUUCGGCCAUAAAAUUGUUUUCAUGUUUUUUUUUUAACCAACUAAUAAUCAGUAUAAACUCACACAUACUAAAAAUA